GCUGGGUGCGAACGGCCCGGGGCCUGCCCGCGGGGGGACUGCACGGGCCCGGGGGGCUGGGUUGCCUUCCCCGCCCCCGCAGCCCCUAGCCUGGGCAGCGGGUUGGGUUGCUGCUGGGCGAUCCCUUCCUCCUCCCACGGCAGCGGGCCGGAGCGGGGCAGGCAGAGGAUGGGCCCCCCGGUUGCCCUUCGGCAGCUGUUCUGUUUAUUUUGGAACAAGGGCAUCAGUUGCUAGCGAGUGUCACAGGCAAGCUUGCUGCAUGAAUGAACCAGGAAGAAUAAGAGGUGCUUCAGAGAGAGGAUCCCAGCCGCUCUUUCUCUUCCUGCUGCUCUGAAGUGUGGGAGGGAGGCACACACACAGAAAGAGAGAGACACAAAAAUCCCAGGUCUUAGGGAGAUGAGAAGCAGAAGCAACUCUGGAGUCCGCUUGGAUGGCUACGCCCGACUGGUUCAACAGACCAUUUUAUGUCACCAGAAUCCAGUUACUGGACUGCUUUCGGCCAGCACAGAGCAAAAGGAUGCUUGGGUCCGGGACAACGUCUACAGCAUUCUGGCUGUGUGGGGUCUGGGAAUGGCUUAUCGGAAGAAUGCAGACCGGGAUGAGGAUAAGGCAAAAGCCUAUGAACUUGAGCAGAAUGUUGUGAAACUGAUGCGGGGACUUUUGCAAUGUAUGAUGAGACAGAUGGACAAAGUAGAGAAGUUCAAAUACACACAGAGUACCAAGGACUGCUUGCAUGCCAAAUAUAAUUCAGCCACUUGUGCCACAGUAGUAGGGGAUGACCAGUGGGGACAUCUACAAGUAGAUGCAACUUCCCUUUACCUGCUCUUCCUGGCACAGAUGACUGCAUCAGGAUUGCAUAUUGUAUUUACCCUUGAUGAAGUUGCCUUUAUACAGAAUCUUGUUUUUUACAUAGAAGCUGCCUAUAAAGUCGCUGACUAUGGAAUAUGGGAACGUGGUGAUAAAACCAAUCAGGGCAUCCCUGAACUGAAUGCAAGCUCUGUAGGCAUGGCCAAGGCUGCACUGGAAGCAAUUGAUGAACUAGACCUUUUUGGAGCCCAUGGGGGUUGCAAGUCUGUGAUUCACGUCCUUCCUGAUGAAGUUGAACAUUGCCAGUCUAUUCUAUACUCCAUGUUGCCAAGGGCAUCCACGUCAAAGGAGAUUGAUGCUGGACUCUUGUCCAUUAUUUCUUACCCAGCUUUUGCAGUGGAAGACGUGAACGUUGUUAAUGCAACCAAAAGUGAAAUCCUCACCAAACUGCAAGGACGUUAUGGCUGUUCUCGCUUCCUUCGAGAUGGAUAUAAAACACCAAGAGAGGAUCCAAACAGGUUACACUAUGAUCCUGCUGAGCUCAAACUGUUUGAGAAUAUAGAAUGUGAGUGGCCAGUAUUCUGGACGUACUUCCUAAUUGAUGGAGUGUUUAAUGGGGACAAAAUUCAGGCUCAAGAGUACAGAGAGGCCCUUGAGGGAAUAAUUAUUAGAGAAAAGAAUGGAAUUCUUCUGAUGCCAGAGUUGUAUGCCGUCCCUCCAGACAAGGUGGAUGAGGAGUAUGAAAAUCCUCACUCAGUGGAUCGUCUCCCAGGUGGAAAGUUGCCUCAUCUGUGGGGCCAGUCUUUAUACAUCCUCAGUUCCCUAUUAGCAGAGGGGUUUCUAGCUACUGGCGAAAUUGAUCCCUUAAAUAGGAGAUUUUCAACAGCUUUUAAACCUGAUGUUGUGGUGCAAGUAACUGUCUUGGCAGAAUCAAAUGAAAUUAAGGAACUCUUGAGACACCAUGGAAUCAGUGUUCAGAGCAUUACAGACAUCCAUCCCAUCCGAGUGCUGCCAGCACGGAUCCUGAGUCACCUUUAUGCCAAACUUGGCCGAAACAAGAACAUGAACCUGAGUGGUCGGCCUUACCGACAUAUUGGUGUGCUUGGAACAUCCAAACUGUACAUGAUACGGAAUCAAAUAUAUACUUUUACCCCUCAGUUUACUGAUCACCACCACUUCUACCUGGCUCUAGACAAUCGGAUGAUUGUGGAGAUGCUCAGAACAGAGCUGGCUUACCUCACCUCUUGCUGGAGGAUGACUGGAAGACCAACCCUUGCUUUUCCCAUCACCCACACCAUGCUCAGCAAUGAUGGCUCUGACAUUGAUCCAGCAGUGCUUGCAACCAUAAGAAAAUUAGAGGAUGGGUAUUUUGGAGGGGCAAGGGUAAAGCUAGGCAAACUAUCAGAUUUUCUUACCACCUCGUUCUAUACGCAUCUGAGCUUCCUGGAUCCAGACUGUGAUGGAAAACUAUUCGAUGAUUCUAAUGAUGGCUGUGAUAGUCCUGAAAGUGGAUAUGAAUUAGAAGUUUAUCCAAAUGAUUUCUUUGACAAAGAAAGCCAAGAUGAGCUGGACCAGUAUAUAAAUGAUAUACUGCAAAGCACAGCGCUUAAGUCCUACCUGCCUCCAACUUCAAAGAAUGCUAAUCAACCUCAUGUGUUCAGUGCUGUUCACUCCAUGCGAGAGAUACUGUCAAUAAUGGCCAAGGCAAAGGGUUUGGAUGUUCCAUGCGUUUCGAUGACUCUGCCAACUAAAGUUUUGAACACUCACCGGAAAUCUCUGAAUCUCGUUGAUUCCCCACAUCCUUUUGAAGUGAAGGAUCCUGAAGCUGUUUUGCACUUGCCCAAAGAUGAUCAUGGUGAUUUGGAUUGUGAGAAGUUAGUUGAACAGCUGAAGGAGUGCUCAACUCUACAUGAUCAAGCAGAUAUAUUAUACGUCUUGUAUAUAAUAAAAGGCCCAGACUGGGAUACAGAGCUGAAUGGACAGUAUGGCGUCACCGUUCAUUGUCUGCUCAAUGAGCUUUACAGCAAGGCAGGCCUGAAUCAAGAGUGGGGGUUAAUUCGUUACAUCUCUGGCAUACUCAGAAAGAGAGUGGAAGUUCUGGCUGAGGCAUGCACAGACCUUCUGUCACACCACAAGCAGCUUACAGUGGGCCUGCCGCCUGAGCCGCGUGAAAAAACUAUUACUGCCCCUCUGUCACCGGAAGAGUUGUCAAAGCUUAUUUAUGAAGCCAGUGGGCAAGACAUCAGUAUUGCAGUCCUUACCCAGGAGAUAGUGGUAUAUUUGGCUAUGUACGUCAGGUCACAGCCCAGCCUUUUUGCAGAGAUGCUCAGACUCCGCAUUGGACUCAUAAUUCAGGUGAUGGCUACUGAGCUGCUUCGCAGUUUGAACUGUUCAGGUGAAGAGGCCUCAGAAAGUUUAAUGAAUCUAAGCCCGUUUGAUAUGAAAAAUCUCCUGCACCAUAUUUUGAGUGGGAAAGAGUUUGGCGUUGAAAGAAGCAUGCGGCCUCUAGAUUCCUCUACCUCCAGCCCUGCAAUUUCUAUUCAUGAAGUGGGGCACACUGGAGCAACUAAAACAGAAAGAAGUGGCAUUACUAGACUGAAGAGUGAAAUGAAACAGUUCUUUUAUGGGGGCCAUUCCAUGUCCAGCAGCAUGCACGCUUCCAGGUUCACGAGGGGCAGUACUCCAUCAUCUCCCACUAGGGCUUCAUCUCCUACAGGGUCUACUGGAAACAACAUCAGCUGGGGUGAUCGCCAAGGGCAGUGGCUCCGCAGAAGAAGGCUUGAUGGUGCCAUUAACAGAGUUCCUGUAGGGUUCUAUCAAAAAGUAUGGAAAAUCCUUCAGAAGUGCCAUGGCCUGUCCAUUGAUGGCUAUGUCCUUCCUUCUUCAACUACAAGAGAGAUGACCCCUUGUGAAAUCAAGUUUGCUGUGCAUGUGGAGUCAGUGCUGAACCAUGUACCCCAGCCUGAAUACAGACAGCUGCUGGUGGAAGCUAUUCUUGUUCUCACACUGCUGUCGGACAUAGAGGUGACCAGCAUUGGGGGCAUAAUCCAUGUGGAUCGAAUAGUGCACGUGGCUAACGAUCUGUUUCUUCAGGAACAGAAAUCACUUGGAGGAAAUGAUGACUUCUUGGAGCGAGACCUCUCCACAGGAAUUUGCCACUUUUUCUAUGACAGUGCUCCAAGUGGGGCAUAUGGAACUAUGACCUACUUAACGAAAGCUGUAGCCACCUAUUUACAAGAUUUCCUGCCUAGCACAGGCUGCCUGAUGCAGUAGGCUCUGCCUCUUGAUAAAAAACAAAAGUAAAGAUUCAGAAGCUCUUUUCCCCCCUCUCCUCUCUCUUCCCUAUCCAUAUAUCUUUCACUCCACAGAAUUUAAACGCCACUCAUCAUGUGUGAGCACCAACCUGUAGGGGACAGCUGAACAAUGAAGAUGGAAUUUGGCCUAAUUCCAGAACUAUGAGAAACAAUUACAAUGAGUGAGGCCUAUUCUGCCCUAAAUGCAAUGUGCAAUUUAAAGUAAAUUAAGUAAGAAUUAUGCACUUAUGCCCAGAGGAAAAUAAUUAGUGUAGAGAUCAAUAAAUAUAAAUAGGGAGAUGCAUCUCUGGCACAAAUUUCCCAACUAAGGAAAGAGUAUUUUUUUUGUAUAUUGGAAUUAAUUAACUCUCUCUUAAGCAUGGCUUCUAUAAGUUGAUGUUGUGAAUAGUCAAAGCAUAGUUUAGUGUUAUCCUUCUCUGAUUUAUUUGGUUUCCAGGUGAUACCCAGGCAAUAUUUUUAAUACACGUUGAGCCGGAUUCUGAUCUCAGUUUCACCAGGGUGAUACAGGAGUAACACCAAUGAAGUCAAGCAUGAGAUCAGAAUUAUGGCUUUCAUAAAUUGGUAGCCUCUCUCUGACGACAUAGCAUCUGCCUUGGGAAACCUACAUCGUUUGGACCAAUGCAGUUUUGGAGAAGCUGAUCUCUGACUUCACCUUUUAAAGACAAUUUUAUGCUUAUAAUCAUUCUGGCUAGACGAACAAACAGCUAGCUGCCUGUAGAUCCAAAAGAUAUGUUUCCUUCACUCAAGCACUCUUUCUAAAUCUUAAUAUAUUGUCCACUGUAAAUAGCCUAGAAGAUGAGAUACAUAAGCAUCGUCCUUCCAGAAUACCAUGUGUACUUACUAGAGGAAGAGUUGAUGUUUGUUUCAUGUCCUUUGUUUAGACAGAUGCUCCUUCAUCAAAUGUAACUAGAACCAUUAGAGAUUUUUCUACUAGGGAGAACAACACUCUCUUUAAACAGCACCAAGAUAAUAUUUAGUACCCUUUAAUGCGUAGGCUCUUUUUGUGUUCUAUUUGUUUAUAUUAAAUAUACAGAGCCACAGUGCUCCCUCCUGUGGCUUAACCCAGGUGAGCUCAAGGUGGAGGAAGAUAAUGAUUUCCCCUUGUUUACUUCCACUGAAGGGUGAGGCUUGGGCUGAACAAGUAUCUACUGGUUCUUAGCUAGAGCCAUGUUAGAGAGGUGAAAUAGUACAGUCGUUUGGUGAAAUUACUGGCCAGGGCACAAGAGACGGUUGGAGUAGAUUCCAAGUGGCAGAUUAGUAAAAGGGUAAGUAGAAACUGUACCAUCCAGUCUCUCAUUUUUACUUAUUAUAAGUGACCUUGAGUGGGAUCUUUCCUUAAGCACCAACACCCUGAUGAAGAAAUGGUCCUAGUGCCGUUAGAACUUUUGAACAGCACUUAUUUGAGUCUUUCUGCAGGGAAAUAGUUCUUCCAUCUCAUACAUUUUAAAAUGUUUUCCUAAUUUCAAAAUGUGUUGAGAGAAGGAAGAACAAUAUUAUCUGCCCAACCCACAUGAUUUCAAUCAAACUAGGUGGCAGGAGUCAAGAUUCACCCCCCAAACUUGGGUAUAUUGUGAGAUACUGCAGUGCACUUCUGCCACAGCCUUGCACAUCCAGAUGGUAUUUUGUGCAGGCUGAAGAGAUGAGUGCCAUAGGUCAGAGUUGUCCUUUACAAUGUCUUAGGCUUAGGAAUUUCCCAAAGAGCAAGAGGAUGCGCAGCCUUCCUGGAUAGACUGUACAUGGGGGAAGAGGCAGGUGCAUGUGUGCUUAUUACCAAGACAAAAAAAUUGUUAAUGGUGUAAGGAGCAGGGAUGAGUAGCUCAAAUGCAUUUGGAAGUCAGUAUCUUAUAUAUGCCCAUUUGUACUUUUGUUUAGUCAUAGCUCUUAGUUUGUAUACAUGUGCUGAGAGAAUGUUUUAGCUCAUUUUCUAAUUAAAAUAAAAAAAUUCUCCAGUUUAAACAGGGCAAGCCUUACAUUGAAAAGUAAUUUAUACUGUAUUUGCAUGCUCAUAUGUGAGGGACUUAUAUAAGCUCUUAUUUUAUUAGGUUCCCUAUAAAGCUUCAGUAAUGUCAAUAAUUUUUCCCUUUUCAUGCAGAGCUCUUUGAUUGAGAUGCAAGAAGGUUCUCUCUCAAAUCUGUUUUAAUGUGCUUUUUUUUAUUCAGUCUGAGGCAUUAACAGUUUUAAAAUUUGCAGAGCAAGACAAGACGGCUAAAAUCUGACAUUUGUAUGCUGCUAAAUAGAGCUUUAAAAUAGAUUAGGGUCCACAGCAAAAUACUACAAUUUACACAUUUAAAUUUGCGUGUGCAUGUAACUUUAAAAAAAAAAAAAAGGCAGAGAGUCCUGUGGCACCUUAUAGACUAACAGACGUCUGUUAGUCUGUAAGGUGCCACAGGACUCUUUGCUGCUUUUACGGAUCCAGACUAACAUGGCUACCCCCUCUGAUACUUUAAAAAAAAAAAAAAAAAAGUUACCAUUCAUAAUAUAAACUAGCUUGGUAUCCAUGGUUUAGAAAUACUGGUUUUUAGUCUGUCUAAAAGUGAUACUAACACAAUCAGUGAAGUGCAGUCAUAGGAAAAAUACUUUUAUGUAAUUUAGAAGUCUGGGACAGUUCAGUACAAAAGGGUGAGAGAUACUACCGCGAAUUUUGAAUUGCGGCGUGACUGGACCAAUCACCCAUUUAUACUUCUAGAUUGACUCACUCAUCUGUUACCUUUUCCCCUGAACUUCUGUUUAAAGGACUGUGUUAAAAUCUGUACCAUUCAUUGCUGGAAUCAUUGUUCCUGAAACAGGGCAAACUUAAUUGGGUCAUGCAGGUGUCUUGUAGCAACCUCUCUGGAGAGGAUACAGAUGUGUUAGGGAGUUUAUGAAUCAACCAUUACUGAGUCUAGUGUGUGUCCAGCUACACACAAUCUUUUUCAGUUUAUUUAGGGUAAGCUCAUUACCAAAGACUUGAUUUGGUUGUCAGGCAUCCUCAAGGAAUGAAAAAUGGAUGCCAUGUCCAACUUCUAACUCUGGGAACUAAUUUAUGGAAAAUAAAUAAGACUAGAGUAAACAGACACCUCAUGUGUCUUGGAAAUGGGGGCAUUAAUGGAAUGAAAAUAGAGCCACCUGAGACCCACUGUUUUAGUUUGACAGGCAGUGCUGUUGCAAGAGCAGACUGCAGCUGUCAUAAAGGAAACACCUACACUGCUUCCUUAAAAUAUCAGACAUGUCUGAAAACAGAAAAUUGGUCUCAGAUGGUGCAGGGACCAGAAUAAUAAAAUGGUACUAGCAUACAGUGGCUACUGUAUAGCAUAGGGGUCGACAACCUAUGGCAUGCGUGCCAAACGAAGGUGGCAUGCAAGCUGAUUUUUAAUGUCACAUGGUGUGGGCUGAGCCGCUCAGCCUGCCACCGUUCUGGGGUUUCCACUGCUGGUUCCUGCUAGCCGGGGUCCUGCUGUCGGUCCCACUCAGCGCCCGCUGCUGGCCUGGGUGAAGGAACCCCAGGCUGGCAGCGGACUGAGACCCCGGCUGGCAGGAGCCAGCGGCCGAAACCCCAGAGUGGGGCGGGCUGACCCACUCAGCCCGACACCGCUCUGGGGUUCCUGCUGCUGGCCCCUUGCCAGCCAGGAUCCCCGCUGCAGCCCCACUCACCUUGCUUAUGGCUGGAGUUCCAGCGCAGGCCCCUGCCAGACAGGGGCCAGGCCUCUCGUCCUGCUCAGCCCUACCAGCCGCCAGCUCCACUCACCUCAGCUGCUGAUCUGGGGUUCUAGCUGGUUAACAACUGAUCACUCAGAAGCCUGUGUGCAGCUCAAAGUAUCCAAAUACGUGCCAGACAUUGGAAAACUCAGCAAGGGCAAGGAUCACACUAAACUGAUAAGAUCUGCAUUUUAAUUUAAUUUUAAAUAAUGCUUCUGAAACAUUUUGAAAACCUUGUUUACUUUAUAUGUAACAGUAGUUUGGUUAUAUAUUAUAGACUUACUUAGAGAGAGACCUUCUAAAAAAACGUUAACAUGCAUUACUGGCAUGCGAAGCCUUAAAUUAGAAUGUAUACAUGAAGACUUGGCACACCACUGCUGAAAGGUUGCCGACCCCUGGUAUAGUGGUACUAGGUCCAGCUUUUGCAUGAAGUAGCAUUAGGGUUCAGUCUCCAUUCAUUGAAUCAAUACUCUUUUCUCCCCUCUCCCUAUUGUAUCAAAUACUUAACUGUUUAACAGUGUUAGAAUUUUGUUAAGCUUUUACAGUUUAAUCACUGGUUCUGACCUGUUGCCUAUACUUAGCAUUCUUCACUUUCACUGUGUCUAAUCAGUCCUCAGACAGCCUUACAUAACAGUGAGGAAAACUUACUAGGCCAGGCACAAAAAUCUAUUCAUAUUAGUUAUGAGUUACUUGCUCAUUAAAAAAAAAAACUUGUUACAGGGAAGUAGAAUUUGGAAAAGUCAUUCACAGCAUCCUUGAAGAUAAAUAUUAUUCAUACUUUACAGCUGGGGAGACUGAAAUAGAGCAAUUACGUGACUUGUCCAAAGCAACAGCAUAUGUCAAUGCAAAGAUAGCCUCUCUCUUCCUAAGGAUAAGUGGCUGUGCAUCAUCAUGAAGUUGACCUCGGCUAUUAGUUACAAAGGAAUCCAUGACAGAAGUGACUAGGACUAUUCACUUCUUUACAGCAUAAAUGGAGAAAAAAAUC